AUGAAGCACAUCCGCGGCCUCGUCUCAACGACACAGGCUCUCCGUCAAACAUUCCUCCUACCUCAAGCAUCCCCUCGACCUCAAUUCCUUCGUUACACUCCCGUGCACCCUCCAUCACAAAUUCGAUUUCGUUCUGCGAUCCCCCGCACUAAACAGCAAACCACCGCAGAGGUCAAAGAUGAAGAUAUUCCAUCCGACUAUGUUCAGAUCGUCGGGGAGGAUAACAAGCUGAAGGAGCCACAGCGACUCAGCACUCUUCUUCGCAGUAUCAACCGGGCUAAGGUCUUCGUGAUUCAAGUCCAGGCUGGCACGCUCGAAACUCCAGCCGUUUGCAAGAUCAUGAACCGCCAGGAAGCUUAUGAGCGCGCGCGUGCUCUCGUCAAAGCCGCCAAAGCCGCGAAGAAAACAGUCAAGCAGGUUGAGCUGAAUUGGGCCAUUGAUGCCCAUGACCUUUCUCAUCGUCUAAAGAAAAUCACGGGGUUCUUGGAUAAGGGUAUACAGGUGGAGAUCAUCCUAGUAAGGAAAAGACACAAGCGGCCUGCGACAGCGGAAGAGGUCAAGGGUCUGAUGGCGAAUAUAUUGGAGGCCAUCAAAGAUGCCGGUGCUGAACAGAUCUCGCCCAUGGAAGGGGAGCCUGGCAAGCAGGUAGUCCUUACAGUGAAAAAGAAGGAACAGUGA